UUCCAACCCGAGGGGACUUCACUGUCAGCCUGGGCUAAGCCUCCAACCAGUGCCACCAUCCUCCAUCCCCACUGGUCUCUGCAAACCGCCCCAAGCAACAAAGAAAAAAAUGGCUCCUUUUGAGAAAUCCAUGGAGAUGAUGCCCUUCAAGCAAAGGAGGUGUCUUGAAACAAGAAAAGAUGAAGUGAGCAGCAUUCGCUCUAAAUUCCCCAACAAGUUACCUGUAAUUGUUGAACGUUACAUCCGUGAAAAGAGUCUCCCCCUGUUGGACAAAACAAAGUUCCUGGUUCCCUUUGAGCUCACUUUGGGUCAGUUCCUCUGCCUGCUCAGGAAUAAGAUUGACUUGGAGUCUACACAAGCCCUGUUCCUCUUGGUGGCAGAGAGGAGCAUGUCCUCUAUGUCCUCCAGCAUGGGAGAUGUUUACUCUCGCCACAGCGACACAGACGGCUUCCUCUACAUCACCUACGCCUCGCAGGAGGUGUUCGGAGCAGCCCAGCCAGCCGCCAGCCAGCACUGCUGAGCGUGAGAAAGAAACAAAAUGAACUGAACCCAGACUGAUGGUGCACGGUGACGCCACACAAACAAGCAAGGACCGACCGAGCCCAGCCAAGACUGAUUUGUCCACUUUAAUACCCACAAACUGCAUCUCAUUCUACCUCAUGAACCCGCUGGACAUUUAAACACACGCAAAAAUCACCUUGAAUCCCAAGAAUCAAAGACUGGACAUAAUAGGCCAAAAAUCCCCCUGGUGAAGACAUUUGUUUUAGGCUGAUGAUAAUUUGAUUUCUAUCAUUAUUACAUUACAUUACAUUCUAUCAGGAGAUAUUAGGAGAAAAAACCCCAGAUGUGACUUGUUGGAGAUCUGUAAAUCAACUCUGAGCAUCGUGGUCACCCGCUGUUGUUUGAGCUUCAGUGCAAACGUCCCAAUUUUCACAAACUUGCACAGCCAGUUCAUGCAGGGUAAACAAACACCUUCUCCUUCUUCUCCACUCUACAAACAGACGAAAUGCAGCCAGUGUCUUGCUGGUAAUCAGGCCCCUUCUUAGCACUUAUCUCUCCUUCUUCCUCUCUUUUCUCUGAUCGACUCUUUGUCUCUGAUUCUCUAAAAAAUGUGAAAUUGUACUCUAGACCUCACGCAGAUCAUUGCAGGGACUCUUGAUGUUUUCUGUCUCCAGCUGUCACUAUUUCAAUAAAAAGAAAAGAGCUCUUGA